GGGCUGAUUUAUAUUUUAGGCAUGCUCAAAACAUCACUUAGUAAUAAUUAAUAAAUGCUUCUCCUCCCUUCCUCGUAAUCCAUCACACAUGAAUCUUUUUUCUUGAAAGCUAAAAGAGGAAGGAAAACCGACACCACUUCCUUUCAUCCCCUCAGUGCAUGAAUAUACAAGUACAACUUCAAAACCGGACGCCAACGUUUUCACUGGCUCGCCUCUGAGGCUGAUUACUAACACAUUUUGAGGGAAAAGCUGCAGACUUGAUCAACACAGGCUGAACAGACAUGGAAGCUGCAGUUGGACUGUUGCUGGUGUUGCUUAGAGUCUCUCAUGGUGUGGAAACACACUGUGAUGGCAGACGGGAUGGAGCUCAGUGUUAUGGACCUUUGGGAGGAACUGUGAACAUCCAGCUGAUGGACAACACCUCAGAAAUACCUAAAUACGAAUUUUUAAAAGAAUCAUUAAAAAUACUAGCUGUGAGAAAUAAUGAGGUUAUUUCUAAUACCAUAAGAGAGAGAGCCCUUUUUAACAGUAGAGGAACAUUUAGGAUCAAUAACCUGAGCAGCACAGACAGUGGUAAAUAUACCCUUGAAACCUUUGAUUCAGAUGGAAGAUUCUCAGGCAGGUGGACUUUACGGUUGUUCAUUCAAGCUCCUGUGUCCUCUGUCCUGCUGGUCUCUGAGUGUCUGUCUCAGGGAGAGAGAAGGGUGUCCUGCUCCUCUGAGGGAGGGGACAGUCCUCAGUACAGCUGGACUCUGGAUGGACGCACACUGACAGAUGCUGAGCUCCUUUCUGGAAAUAAUAAGACUAACAACAUCACUCUGAAACAGCACGUCUCAGGACAUCUGGUCUGCUCAGUCAGGAACGACGUCAGUGAUGUCCCCAAAGAAGAGAUGAUAUCUACCUGUGGCUUUAUUUUCAUUAACUGUACUUCAGUCAAUGGGACACAGAUAUCAGGGUGGGUGUAUGAAGCUAAUAACACCCUGUGUACUCAACCAAAACAGACUUCGAUGGGUAAGGACUAUGGAACUACCAUCAGUGAUGAACCAUGGUACAUUAGGAAUUUGCCACUGAUAGGUGGUGUUCUCUCAGUGCUGGUAAUUUUCUUGGUUGUUGGUGUAGCAGUCAUAUGUGCUCGGAGGAAAAAGCAAAACAGCAAACCUACAAAAAAGGAGGAAGAAGAUGACCAGGAAGUCUUUCCUGAUGCCAAGUUUGUCAAAAGGCAGGCAAACCAAGCUGAGAAAAAAGUGGAGGUGGAGUAUGGCCAAGUCAAGUCUGCAAAGCGACCUCGGAAGCCUAAACCAACAGGAACUGAUUGUGUGUAUGCUAACGUCCAUAAAGUCAGGUGAUGAAGUGCUCAGUGCUUUUAGACAGACAGCUCCACUGAAGGUAGUUGGAGUAAGGCGCUGAUGUUAAGAUAUUCCUAAAGGUCCUUGAUUUAAUGUAAUUUCCCAGCAUAAAAAUACAAACCAUAUCUUAUAAAUGUUAAUUUACUGGCUUAUUUAACUUUUAAUGCACUGCUGUAUUAUAUCAGGUUAUUAACACAUCUGUUGUUAUAUGACCUCUUGAUUUAAUUACAAAACACUGAGUGUUUUCUGCAUCUGUACUCUGUGGAAGCCAU